AUGAUCAUCAUGCUAUCUUUUCUUCAUUCAAAUGGCGUGGUACAUGGAGAUUUUACCCCGAACAACGUUCUUCUUGCGCCACCUGACCUAUCUCAUUUGUCAACCGAGAAUCUCUACCAUAAGUAUGGAGAGCCUAUCAAAGCCAUGACUGAGCGUCGCGACGGCAAACCGAUCCCCGCCGGUGUUCCGCCCUACAUCGUGCCGGAAAUCUGGUUCGGCGACCGAAGCACAGAACUGGAGCUUCAAAAUGCGAAACUAACCCUGACCGACUUUGGAGAGGCCUGGAAGCCAGCUUUGCGUUCGCGAUAUCAGCUCAACACUCCUGACAACUAUCGCGCCCCUGAAGCAAAUUUCGCCGAGAAGGAAAAUGUUCCUAUUGGCUUUCCGUCAGAUAUCUGGUCUCUUGGCGUAGGAAUAUUCGAGAUCUUUGGCAAUCACCUGUUUGAGGGGUCGCCAGAUCCAGAUGGUAUGCUCGAAGACAUGAUCAACACCCUUGGCAAACCGCCCCAAAGAUGGUGGGACCUGUGGGAGGCCAAGGACGAGUUCUUCAGAAGAGACGUAGAGUGGGAUGAAGACGGAACCUAUCCAUGCAGAGAGAAUAUCCUGCUGGAGGAGAGAGUGUGUGGGUGGAUCGGAGAUGCCCAUCGGGAUGAGAUGACAAAUGAGGAAAUUGAGGACCUGUAUAGCCUCAUCAAGGGAGUUCUCUGCUGGGAGCCUGAUGAUCGUCUCACUGCAGACGAGCUACUACGAGGAGAUUGGAUGAAACGGUGGGGGCUACCAGCGUUGCAGGCGAUGUAUGAGGCUCGGGGAGAAAGCCGCAACAUCAUGUCGGAGAUCGACUCGAUCGAUCGAAUAGAGCUAGCUACUGCCGAGAAAGGAGGCUUAAGCAGAUGGCAAGCCGCCGCGUCUGGGGUAACUAUGCCAGAGUUCGCAACAGCAUGGUGGAUGAAGGUUCAUCCGUAA